AUGGCUUUGUACAAAGGGAAGGAAUAUACAGAGGGAAAUAAUAUAGAACAACCACAGGAGCUAUCUAAUACUUACACACGGUUGUGGGGCCUAAAUAUUCCUAAUAAAAUACGUAUACACUUCUGGAAAAUAAUCAAUGAGUCUAUGCCAACAUUGUGGGUGCUAAAAUCACAAAAGCUUGUUGUCAAUACACUUUGUCCAGUUUGUCAAGUAGAGCAGGAGUCAGUGGCUCACUUGUUCCGUGAUUGUGACUUUUUGAAGCAAGUGCUAGAGGGAAUAGGGGUGGUGUCCUCAACAAGCAACAUAGAUCAAAAUUGGAAGCAACGGUUAGUAGAAGAGGUAUUGAAUAAUAGCAUAACAGGUUUUAGAUUACUCGCUAUUUCUUAUUGGGCUCUAUGGUAUAAUCGUAACAAAAUAUAUCAUGAGGAGAUUAGGGAGCAGGUUCAUGAGGUAAUAGGAUUUAUAAACGCUUACAUGCUUGAAAUUGAGCAAUUAAGUGGGUUAUCUAGAUCUGGGCAUAUACCAAAGCAUAUUAUUUGGGAGCCACCAGAAGGGGACAUUAUUAAGUUCAACUUUGAUGCUUCUUUUAACCAGUAG